AUGAGCUGGAGCAAUCUCGCGUCAGCCUCGACCGACGAGCUCCGCUCCAAGCUCACCCAGCUCCGAGCAGACAAGGCCCUCCUCACGUCGCAGCUCUCCUCCCUACGUGCCAUUCCCGACCCUUCCACCGACCCACGCAGUACGCUCUCCACCCAGAACCAAGACCUCGCACGUCAACUUCGCUUGCUCGAGGAACAAUCCAUCCUCUAUCGUUCCGCGGCAUGGACGUGUUUCGAACUCGAUCUGGACGUCGGUCGUCGUGCGCGUCAAGCUCGCGACCCUGCGUCCGCUGACAAGGACGGCGACCUCGCUCUCGGCAUACGUCUCGAUACUUCCUGGAGGGGCCGUUUCUACGAGCCUUACUAUCUCGUCUUUGCGAGGCCGAGUCAGCUGCUCGAUUCCAUGCCGCAGCUCGCCGGCACAGCAGUGGGUGACGUGGAGGCCAACUCGCUUGCGGAUGGGCUUCGACUCAUCAGGCACACGGUCCCACACUUUGUGCCCCUGGGGAAGCUCGUAGAAAAGUAUCUGCCCAGCGUUGUGGGAGGUCAAGUGUCCGGUGGAGCUGGAAGCAAGGGUAGAGAUAACGAGGCGGGCGGGCUGACCAUGUUGACCCAAUUCAACGAGCUGCCAGGAGUGCACGCGUUCUUGUCGGAUCUGCACUGCCAUUUGCAGGCGUACGUAUCGAGGAGGCAGCAGGCAAUGGCGUUGCAGCAGCUCGAACUCCCCGCCAAGAGCCUAGGAACUGAUGCGGGCCUGGAGGCACUCGGCACCGAAGCGUUUGACCUGGUCAAAGUGACCUGGCGCAUCCCUUCCUCGACAGCUGCCUCUACCGACCAGGAAAACGAAGACGCAGACGAAGAGACCACGGAUCCAACCGCCCUAGCCCUGAAAGCCGCAGCAAAACGCAAACGAGACAAUCCCGACUACGAGCCGUCGCAACACCUCGAAGUCAUCGUCCAAUACAACAACCUUCAAAGCGAUCGUCUCGUCGACGACACCCGUCCCACCGGCAUCUUCGCCCAGCUGCCAUCCCAAAUCGCUGAUGCAGAAGACGCCAUCCAGGGCCUUCGCAAGCCGUACGGUCAAGUGCGGGUACAGCUGCUCGAAUACGCGCCCGAAUCGGACACGCGUCAACGUCGCGCACCAGGCAUCUCGAAAGCUGACCUGAAAGCGCUUCGACCGGAGAUCACGCGAAGAGAAGAUCUGGAGCAAGAGUAUGCACGGCAACACGAUGGAGAAUCGCUCGAUAUGGACGAGGCGUUCCAACGCAUCGCGGAGAAGAUGUGGGGUCAGGUGAGAGGGAAGCGUGGGGUGCGUUGA